CAAAUGUUUAUUUUUAGAGAAGUGUGCAUUAUUCCAUUAUUGGAGCAAAGCUGGGAGUCUCCGCCUUGUCUGCCAGUAACGUGGAAAUAGCAUUUCAUUAACAUUUUUCUUCCAUCUCAGCUGAUGUGCACAAUUGAUGAUUUGAAAGAGAUGGGAAUCCCUCUAGGACCUCGGAAGAAGAUUGCCAAAUAUGUGGAGUCAAGAGUUGCCAAUCAGGUAUGUUCGGAUAUCAAUCCCUGUUUCCCCUUUUCUGUUCUGUCUCACCAGUAUUGAAAGAUUUAAUUUUUAUUGUAAAAAACCCUAAGCAUCUAUAUAUUUUAGCUUGCGUAUUAAUCUAGUUUCCGUGCAUUUGUUAAAUAAAUCCUAAAUCUGAAUAUGUUCCUGUUUAUAGUGUUCCUUUAGUUAACAUAAAAGAAAACUGUUGUAUAAAAAUAAAUAAAUAUGUAGCCCCUCCGUCCCCCGUCUCUAAUGUAAAUGUGAGUUUACUCCCCUUUAUUCUGGUGCCGUGCGGGUCCGCCUGGUCUGGCUCCGCCCCGUUACAACUCCUUGGCUGAGAUCAUCAAAAUUUAUCGGCCUCUCAGCCAAGGAGGUGGGGCGGGGGGCAAAACCAAAUGCCUCUCUGGCUUAUCAGCAUCUCCUCAUAGGACUGUAUGGGGAAAGCUCAGCGUCUCCAUGCAGAGCUAGCUUGUUGUGCAGUACUGUCCCAGGAAGCACCUCUAGUGGCUGUCUGAAUGACUGGCAUUGGAAGUCUCCCUAAGCAGCAAUGUAAACACUUCAUUUUCUCUGAAAAAACAGUGUUUACAGCAAAAGGCCUGCAGGGACUGACUAUACUCACUAGAACAUCUACAUUAGGCUGGAGUUGUCCAGGUGACUGUUUGGCCCAUGUUGGAAUGUACUGGACACAUCUCUCUUGGUUUGGAAAGCAUUCUGACAUACAUCCUUGUGCGAUGUAGCUAAUGAGGAUAAACCCAUAUUUUGCUCAAGAUGUUAUUGUUUCUUUGUUUCAGGCACAGAGGAAAGCUGCAGAGGAACACAGAGCUGCUCUGAAUGCCCAGAUUAAAGCCCAAGAGGAAACCGCUGCCAUGAUCAGCUCGGCUGAUGGCAUUAAGAGCACCGAUUCCUCUAAAACUAAGCUGCCUGUUGGUGUUUCUGUCUCCUCCGUUCAUGUUGACUACCAGUACUUUGAUAUAGGUACCGGACAGGUAUUGCUCCCAUGCUUGCUUCAUGAUAUAAUCCUAUUCUUAUUUACUGCAGAGCUGAAUGGCAGUUGGAUGAAUUGUGUUGGUGUAAGCCCAUGUACCUCCCAUUAUGGUGACUCUGGCAUGCUUGGGUAUAUUAGUUGCUUUAGAAACCUGCUGUGGCUUUCUUUAAUCUUUUUUUUUUUUUUCUCACUAGUUGUUUGUUAGAUAUAACCUGUUGGAUUUUGAGCCAACAAACUUCUUUGCACUUGGGUCUCCCAUCGGCAUGUUCCUGACUGUACGCGGCCUGGAUAAGAUCAAUGAAAAUUACCGGCUACCAACCUGCAAGGGCUUCUUCAAUAUUUACCAUCCGGUGAGGCCGAAAAAGAUCAGCUCUUGUGAUAAGAAUGGGGAUAGUUAAUGUACUGCUUGGCAAGCUGUGGACACAUUUCUUUCAUCUUUUCUUAUGCUGGAAAUAAAGUGUUUUCAUUGCUUUAAAGGAGGCUAAGUGGGGGGCAAGUGACCUAAAUGUUGGGUUUAGCACUAAAGGUUCAGGAAUACAUGUUUGUGUUCCUGACCCUAUAGUGUUCCUUAAAAGUCUAAAAAUGAAAGAUUUCACAUGCAAUAUAGCCUGUCCUUCAUUGUAGAGAAAUAUAUGUUUGGAGUUUUUCAAUGAAAGUUGUAGGGGAAAAAGAAUUACAUACUUGUCAUCGAACUGGAACACUCCUUAUAUAUUGACAUGGGUGAGAAUUUGGGUGAGCUAUUUCUGACCUGGCUGAUGACAUUAUCUAAUGUCUGAAGUCAUUAUUUUAUCCAUUCCUAGAAUUAAGUUGGAUCAGUGGCAAUUAAUGGCACAAUUCAGUACAGUGGAGUCUGAGAAUGUAGAAACUUUUUACCACUUAUAGGAUAUGUGGUAAAAAAAAAAAAUGGUACUUCGUAAAAGAAACACACGUCCGUAAGGAGCAAGGCUGGAAAUGAAGAGACAAUCUACACUUCUAUCUUUUCAGCACAGUAACAGUAUGUGAGAGAUGGGCAAUAUGCCGUAGGUUAGAUCAGCUGUUCUUUGGAGAGUCGCCGUAACGGGUUCCAGGAAUGAUGCCAUGAUUUAGAUCAGCUGUUCUUUGGAGAGUCGCUGUAACGGGUUACAGGAAUGAUGCCAUGCUUUAGAUCAACUGUUCUUUGGAGAGUCGCUGUAACGAGUUAGGGAAUGAUGCCAUGAUUUAGAUCAGCUGUUCUUUGGAGAGUCGCUGUAACGGGUUACAGGAAUGAUGCCAUGAUUUAGAUCAGCUGUUCUUUGGAGAGUCGCUGUAACGAGUUAGGGAAUGAUGCCAUGAUUUAGAUUAGCUGUUCUUUGGAGAGUCGCUGUAACGGGUUACAGGAAUGAUGCCAUGAUUUAGAUCAGCUGUUCUUUGGAGAGUCGCUGUAACGGGUUACAGGAAUGAUGCCAUGCUUUAGAUCAACUGUUCUUUGGAGAGUCGCUGUAACGAGUUAGGGAAUGAUGCCAUGAUUUAGAUCAGCUGUUCUUUGGAGAGUCGCUGUAACGGGUUACAGGAAUGAUGCCAUGAUUUAGAUCAGCUGUUCUUUGGAGAGUCGCUGUAACGGGUUACAGGAAUGAUGCCAUGGUUUAGAUAAGCUGUUCUUUGGAGAGUCGCUGUAACGGGUUACAGGAAUGAUGCCAUGGUUUAGAUCAGCUGUUUAAUGCUUAGGGAGUCAAACAAACAAUGAUCUUGAAUUGGAACAGAAUUUGUAAAUAUACAAUUCCCAGGAAGCAUUAUAUGAAGUGUGAAUUACCUCUUUUUCUGUUGGCAAUAUGAAAUGAAAAUACUGUAGACAUUCCUUUUAAAUCUCUGGUUCCUGGCUGCGGCAUUCAACCUCCUAUCCUUUGUUUUCCAGCUGGAUCCUGUAGCCUACAGACUUGAGCCUAUGAUCAUUCCAGAUGUUGAUCUAAAGCCGGUUCUUAUUCCACAUCACAAAGGCAGAAAGAGAUUGCAUCUCGGUAAGGACUGUACUAACACCCAUCAUUUUCAGUGGGGGCUUUGUCAAGGGAGCUUCUGGUCUGCAUGCCUGGACCUCCAACAUGGAAAGCUUCUAAUUCUCGACAUUAUGGUAAAAUGUCAUUUUUCACAAGCAACAUUAACACAAUAUAUAGUUUGAGUUAAAUGUAGAAAGCGGCAUCACAAUAUAGCCCCAUUGGGUGCUCAACACUGCCUGCCUUUCCGUAGCUUCACCCAAAUUUUAUUUCCUCAGAGCUGAAGGAAAGCCUGACUCGAAUGGGCUCCGAUUUAAAGCAGGGCUUCAUCAGCUCCCUCCGCUCCGCCUGGCAGACACUAAAUGACUUUGCGAGAGCUCAUACGUCCUCGGCACAGCUUCAGGCAGAACUGGAGAAGGUGGCAGACCAGAUCCAAGAAGAAGAAGCCAAGCAGCAGGAGGUGGAAGGUGCAUGACUUAUCUGUGGCCAUCCAUGGAUAGUUUACAAUCAUUGAAUAUUGCAGGGCAAUGUUGCGCAGAUAGUUUUUCAUAUUUGGUAAAUGUGUAUUUUUACUGCAUUGCAGCUGAGAAGUUAGAAAGUCCUGAACCAUUCCGGGAGGAAGAACUGUCUGUCAAGGUUGGGAUGUUAAACGGUGGCCGCCGUAUUGACUAUGUCCUGCAAGAGAAGCCCAUUGAGAGUUUCAAUGAGUAUCUGUUUGCUCUGCAGAGUCAUCUCUGUUACUGGUGAGUUUAGUAUUAUGUUGAAAACAGAUGGAUUCAGAAAUUCCAACUCCCAUAACGGUGUCGUCGUACAAAGUGUUUACUGAAAGAACAGAACUUGUCAGAUUUUACCCCCUCACCUAGCUUAAAAAUAAAUCAUCUAAUGAGUUAAGACUCUUCUCGAUUGGAUAACUUAUUUGGGUGUUAUGGGAAGACUUUAAACUAAAAUUAGCCGGAAAAAAAGUGUUGAAAACAUUAGGAUUUAAAUAAAGCAAUUCCUCCCUCUGGCUAAAGGGUUCUUUAUCUCUGGGUUAGGACUUAAAAUCACAGCGAUAAUGUACGUUCCCGACCACAUGAUUAGUCGGCAUGGAACGAGAGUUCUGUUCUGUUCAUAUUGGGUGUCUAUCGUCCAUCGGUGCACAGCAUACUGGCAACAGAGCUUCCCCUCAGCCUGACCUCCAGCGCGGUCAGUAAGGUGGAGAGCCGUCACUGGAGGAGGAUUGGACUGUAGGGUGAACUUGGGCUUGGCGUAGGACAUAAGGUGAGUUUGUCAUUUUACUACAACCACUAACAGUGUUUUAAUUGAUGAGUCACUGAACUAUUUUAUAAUAGAAUUGUGCAAAAACUUAUUUGAGCCGAUUUGUCCGAAUUUAAUUUCUUUUAAUCCACACCCCAACUAAUUGAUAUGUCUGGGAUUUACCUGAGUAUUCUUAUUCAUUGAUUGAAACUCUAGUGAAUCCUGGGCAGAUCAAUUCAAUUGGGCGGGUAUUAAAAGGAAUUGGAUUUUGGCAAACCAGCUGAAACUAAAUUUUGAGUCUGAUGCUCCCAGCAUUGGCGGCUGCUGUAAGUUACGCUCUAGAAAACAUAGCUCAGUGUCUGAUGCUCCCAGCAAUGACGGCUGCUGUAAGUUACGCUCUAGAAAACAUAGCUCAGUGUCUGAUGCUCCCAGCAUUGACAGCUGCUGUCAGUUACGCUCUGGUAAAGUUAGCUCAGUGUCUGAUGCUCCCAGCAUUGAUGGCUGUUGUCAGUUACGCUCCAGAAAACGUAGCUCGGUGUCUGAUGCUCCCAGCAUUGAUGGCUGCUGUCAGUUACGCUCCAGAAAAUGUAGCUCAGUGUCUGAUGCUCCCAGCAAUGACGGCUGCUGUAAGUUACGCUCUAGAAAACAUAGCUCAGUGUCUGAUGCUCCCAGCAUUGACGGCUGCUGUCAGUUACGCUCUGGUAAAGUUAGCUCAGUGUCUGAUGCUCCAAGCAUUGACGGCUGCUGUCAGUUACGCACCAGAAAAUGUAGCUCAGUGUCUGAUGCUCCCAGCAUUGAUGACUGCUGUAAGUUAUGCUCCAGAAAACGUAGCUCGGUGUCUGAUGCUCCCAGCAUUGACGGCUGCUGUCAGUUAUGCUCCAGAAAACGUAGCUCAGUGUCUGAUGCUCCCAGCAUUGACGGCUGCUGUCAGUUACGCUCUAGAAAACAUAGCUCAGUGUCUGAUGCUCCCAGCAUUGACGGCUGCUGUCAGUUCCGCUCUGGUAAAGUUAGCUCAGUGUCUGAUGCUCCCAGCAUUGACGGCUGCUGUCAGUUACGGCUCAAGUGGCUCAGUGUCUGAUGCUCCCAGCGUGGCGGCUGCUGUCAGUUGCGGCUCUGGUAAAGUUAGCUCAGUGUCUGAUGCUCCCAGCAUUGACGGCUGCUGUAAGUUAGGCGUGCUCCUGAUGCUCCAGCAUUGUGGCUGCUGUCAACUCUAGCAUAGCUCAGUGUCUGAUGCUCCCAGCAUUGAUGACUGCUGUCAGUUACGCUCUGGUAAAGUUAGCUCAGUGUCUGAUGCUCCCAGCAUUGACUGCUGUCUGCGCUCUAGAAACAUGUCGGUGUCUGAUGCUCCCAGCAUUGACGGCUGCUGUCAGUUCGCUCUGGUAAAAGUUAGCUCAGUGUCUGAUGCUCCCAGCAUUGGCGGCUGCUGUAAGUUACGAGAAAACUAGCUCAGUGUCUGAUGCUCCUGCUGCUGUAAGUUAUGCUCCAGAAAACGUAGCUCGGUGUCUGAUGCUCCCAGCAUUGACGGCUGCUGUCAGUUAUGCUCCAGAAAACGUAGCUCAGUGUCUGAUGCUCCCAGCAUUGACGGCUGCUGUAAGUUACGCUCCAGAAAACGUAGCUCAGUGUCUGAUGCUCCCAGCAUUGACGGCUGCUGUCAGUUCCGCUCUAGAAAACAUAGCUCGGUGUCUGAUGCUCCCAGCAUUGAUGGCUGCUGUCAGUUACGCUCCAGAAAAUGUAGCUCGGUGUCUGAUGCUCCCAGCAAUGACGGCUGCUGUAAGUUACGCUCUAGAAAACAUAGCUCAGUGUCUGAUGCUCCCAGCAUUGACGGCUGCUGUCAGUUCCGCUCUGGUAAAGUUCGCUCAGUGUCUGAUGCUCCCAGCAUUGACGGCUGCUGUCAGUUACGCACCAGAAAAUGUAGCUCAGUGUCUGAUGCUCCCAGCAUUGAUGACUGCUGUAAGUUAUGCUCCAGAAAACGUAGCUCGGUGUCUGAUGCUCCCAGCAUUGACGGCUGCUGUCAGUUAUGCUCCAGAAAACGUAGCUCAGUGUCUGAUGCUCCCAGCAUUGACGGCUGCUGUAAGUUACGCUCCAGAAAACGUAGCUCAGUGUCUGAUGCUCCCAGCAUUGACGGCUGCUGUCAGUUCCGCUCUAGAAAACAUAGCUCGGUGUCUGAUGCUCCCAGCAUUGAUGGCUGCUGUCAGUUACGCUCCAGAAAAUGUAGCUCGGUGUCUGAUGCUCCCAGCAAUGACGGCUGCUGUAAGUUACGCUCUAGAAAACAUAGCUCAGUGUCUGAUGCUCCCAGCAUUGACGGCUGCUGUCAGUUCCGCUCUGGUAAAGUUCGCUCAGUGUCUGAUGCUCCCAGCAUUGACGGCUGCUGUCAGUUACGCUCUGGUAAAGUUAGCUCAGUGUCUGAUGCUCCCAGCAUUGACGGCUGCUGUAAGUUACGCUCCAGAAAACGUAGCUCAGUGUCUGAUGCUCCCAGCAUUGACGGCUGCUGUAAGUUAUGCUCCAGAAAACGUAGCUCAGUGUCUGAUGCUCCCAGCAUUGACGACUGCUGUCAGUUACGCACUGGUAAAGUUAGCUCAGUGUCUGAUGCUCCCAGCAUUGAUGGCUGUUGUCAGUUACGCUCUGGUAAAGUUAGCUCAGUGUCUGAUGCUCCCAGCAUUGACGGCUGCUGUAAGUUAUGCUCCAGAAAACGCAGCUCAGUGUCUGAUGCUCCCAGCAUUGACGGCUGCUGUCAGUUACGCUCUGGUAAAGUUAGCUCAGUGUCUGAUGCUCCCAGCAUUGAUGGCUGUUGUCAGUUACGCUCUAGAAAACAUAGCUCAGUGUCUGAUGCUCCCAGCAUUGACGACUGCUGUCAGUUACGCACUGGUAAAGUUAGCUCAGUGUCUGAUGCUCCCAGCAUUGACGGCUGCUGUAAGUUACGCUCCAGAAAAUGUAGCUCAGUGUCUGAUGCUCCCAGCAUUGAUGACUGCUGUAAGUUAUGCUCCAGAAAACGUAGCUCGGUGUCUGAUGCUCCCAGCAUUGACGGCUGCUGUCAGUUAUGCUCCAGAAAACGUAGCUCAGUGUCUGAUGCUCCCAGCAUUGAUGGCUGUUGUCAGUUACGCUCCAGAAAACGCAGCUCAGUGUCUGAUGCUCCCAGCAUUGACGACUGCUGUCAGUUACGCACUGGUAAAGUUAGCUCAGUGUCUGAUGCUCCCAGCAUUGACGGCUGCUGUAAGUUACGCUCCAGAAAACGUAGCUCGGUGUCUGAUGCUCCCAGCAUUGACGGCUGCUGUAAGUUAUGCUCCAGAAAACGUAGCUCGGUGUCUGAUGCUCCCAGCAUUGACGGCUGCUGUCAGUUCCGCUCUGGUAAAGUUCGCUCAGUGUCUGAUGCCCUCGCUAUGCACAGCUGAUUCCAUUCUUGCGAUGUGAUGCUUAGUUGUCUUUCUCACUAUACCAUGUCUGCUUUGCUUUAUUUCAGGGAAUCUGAAGACACAGCGCUUUUAAUUCUGAAAGAAAUCUACAUUUCCAUGAACAUUGUUCCGGAUCAGCCUCUGCACUAAAACAGGUUUCUCCCCAUUACAUGUAUGAGUUCCCUUCCUGGUGCGAUAUUAUAUUGCAGUUUCUUCUCUAUUAAACCUGAAAUGCCCGCUGUUCUGCUGUAAACAUUGAAUUGGAGUGUGUUCAGGGUUUGUGGAUUGGUUUAUUUUAACCAUUGUCUUAUUGGCACCAUUUAGGAAAAUGAAUUCUAUUUAUUACUUGGCUGCAUUUCGUUUUUAUUAGUCUCCUUGUUUCUCUAUUGUCAGUCUGAUCUCCUAUGAUGCUCAGACUGAGUGGAUCUUAUUCAAUAGUAAACACUAAACCUGAAUGAGCCAAGCUGUAACGAUAGCAUUGUUUCCAAAUCCUUUAUUUUGUUUAGAAUUUUGCACUGCAGUUUUCAGUUGAUUAGACGUCUUCUUUUUACUGUAUUGCUCUGCAGUUUGUGUAAUGCUAUAGAGACAAGCUUUUCUAACCGUGACAUUCUAGUCAUAGCAAUAAAGGUGCCAAAGUGGGUUUGUUUGUUUUUUGUAUUUUCUUUUAUUUAUUUAUUUAUAUGUACAUUUUUAGUUAGACCGAUAUUAUUUAUUUUUUCCAGUAGGUCCUAGUGGCAGUCAUAACAAGUGAGAUGUAGUUGUCCAUUUGUCACAGGACAGGUAGCAUAGAAAAGGUUAAAACCAAAAAAUGCAGUCCCCACUCUCCUCCCCUUCUAGCUUUAUAAAUGGUAUCUCCACCCCGAGCUCCCCCAGUAUUUGCCUGUCUUUGAGAGAGACCGGUUUGUGAUUUGUCCAAUUCGGGUCAGGUGAAGAGCAAGGGUUCUGGUACUUGUGCACUAGGCUGUCUUAGAGUCUAUCUCUUUCUUUUCUAUAGUAGUGUAUGGUAUUCAGUGUACUGCGUACAUUUUUAUCAGUACUGUAAUAAGCUUGCUACGUUACGUUAUUACACUUAACUCUAAAAUUAGGAUCUGCAAAAUUCUUCCAGAGUUUAACGCCUCCAAAUGCAUUUAUUCCCUCUCAUCCUAUUUUGUAACCACAAACUCCCAAUCCACUUUUGGGUCUAUUCAUUACGUAUAUCUGUGUUCUUACCUUUUAUAUUAGGGGGCCCUUUGUAGGUUUCAUUUUUCUCUUCCUACAUUUAUCCAUGGGAUUUUCUCCAUAUGUUGAAAGUAUCUCUACAAUGGCUAGUUGUGAGCCUGGCCACGCUAAGGGUAGAAUUAGUUGUUAAUCAUUUGUCUUAUUAGCCUGCAUGUUAAUCACAGAUAAGGAUUUAUAUCUGUUUUUUUUCCUGUUUUCUGUUUGGAUUUUGUAUGUAUUGGGAUAUAUUCUUCACCCUAUGGCAAAUAUAUAUUUAUAGGUUUUUAUAAGUGCCAAAAUACACUAAACCAAACCCGUUAAAUGCCACCAGUGAAUAUAUGGAUAAUGAGCAAUCCCCCUUUCUCUAUUCUGAAAGCUGGAGAGAGUAUAAGAUUCCUCCAAAUCUUGCCUAAUGUCUCUAUAACUGUUUAUUUCCAUUUAUUUGGAUAUUUAAAUGAAAAGUGUUGUAUGUCACAUUUGGCUUUGCGCUCUGGAAGAGCUGAUUACUAACUGUGUGUAUUUUCUUACCCCGCAGAUACGAAUCGGGUUCUAACUUACAGUUUAAUACUGGUGUUGUUUCAGAAUUACUCCAGUAGGCAGUCCCAUCAGCUGGGGGUGGUGUACUUUGUGAUUCAGGAGCCAUAAUCCACAGGCUCCUGUAGGGUGGGUGCUCUAGGUGAAAUCGCGCCCUGUGUUUUUAUCUUGCUAUAUCAUUCCGCUUGUUAUGACUGCCGCUUGGACGCCUGGAAAAACCUACAUUUUACUCACCGUAAAUUUAUUUUUCCAUAGUGCAAGCGGCAGUCAGGAUUUCCCUCCCUUUAUACUAUAGAUGUAAACCUAUAUCCUUCUAUCAGCUUGUUAUAUACUGGGGAGCCCUUUAUAAGGCUGGGAGGGGAGGAGACUGGGGGUUGUUUUAACCUUUUCUAUGCUACCUGUCCUGUGACAAAUGGGCAACUACAUCCCACUUGUUAUAAAUCACAAAUAUAAGUGAUAAUACAAUGACCACACAGAUACAACACCCAAUGUGACACUUUAAGGGUAUACUUCCCAAUAAUUGCAUCUAAUGAUACCAGUGCAAUUCUUUCUUGAGAAAUCUAUAAGAAAUAGACAUUGCCGUAAAUAGUGUAAUCUGUAUACUAAUAUUACAAUAGGUAGAAAUGUGAGAUGUCAACUCACAAGCACAGAGCCGUACCAGGCUCUGUAUGAUCAGCAUAGUGGUGCCAAUAACUGGCUACAAAAGUACUCCAAAACAGGAUCUUGCAGUAUAACAGUUUAUUAAAACAAUAAAAAUAGGACAUAAAUAAGUAGUAUGUGUAUAAUACACUACCGCAGGAAUUAAAAGUCCAAGUGCAAACACGUUUCGACUACCAGUAGUCUUCCUCAGUGCAGGAUAAAUCAAAGCUAGCGUCUUCUUUCCUUUUAUAGUCACCCGAAGUUGAAAUUUCGUGGCAUGUUUUCUUUCCAAUUCCGGGUUGUGGUGAAUGCUCCGUUCAUUUCCAGGUAACAUGGUUGCUGGCAUCAACUUCCGGUCGCGUGCGUGCGUCAUCACACACGUAUGACGAUCACCUCUUCCCAAUACAGGAAGUGUUCUAGCGUCAGUAUGGGCAAUAUUGCCUAAAUGCUAGAAACUUUUUAGGUAUCCAACAAAAAAGGGGAAACAUGAGUUUGAGUUGAUGAAAAGAUUUCAAUAAUGUUUUAUAAAUGUGUCUCAAAAAAGGCACUAUAACUCACAAUAAUAUCAUAAAACAUAACACUUAAAAUAACAUAGGUACACUUCCAGACUAGAGUAUACAACUCGUAAGGGUAAAAGAUGUAUAUACAAUUCAUAAAUCAGGGUAACCUAGACAGUAUGGAAAAAAUUCCAGAGAGCUUCUCGAUGGUCAGGUUAACACUGACCCUAUAGUGAUCCUUUACCUUUAAGGGAAUGGAAAAGCUGCCAAAUAGUUUGAUUCCAAAUGAAGUGUUCGUUCCAUUUGCAAAGCUAAUUUCUCCUCCUUUGCUCUGGUCAGGUCUUGGACGUCUGAGUUGGCUUCCAUGUCGGCAUAUCCGCUCUUCUCAUGGCGAUUCGGAGGAGAGGAGUUGAUUUUGUGUACGAUGUACCUUUCAAUAUGAAGAGAUUAAAUCUACCAAAUCAAGUUGGACACUGAGUAGAUACCGAUCGAUGCAACAGUUUUUUGUUUCAGCAUCUUUUCUACAGUUUAGUUGAAUCUGCGUAGCAGUUAGAUGUCGACCUGGUUUUCCUUCAGGGGACGGGAGUAUAACCCUCACUGGGAAUAGUGAAUCUCCAACCUGCAACAUUUUAGUCUUUCCUCUCAGUGGAUGGAAAUGUUUGUCUCCGUUCCCCCUUAUAAUAAUUCUUGUCUGCAAUCAGGAUGAUAGUUUGAAGGACUGCUGUGAUUAUAGACUCAUCUUUUCUUUUUUUUUUUUUGUUCUUUUUAAAUAAAAGGUUUAUUCAAUAUUAUUGCAAAUGAUUUAUAAAACAAAAAGUACAUUUUAGCAAUGUACAGCAUGGAGUGGUGUCUAUCUCUCUGCUGCUAAAUAACGUACAUGUGGCGAUGGGGUUGUUGUACUUUAAAAAGUAACUGGAAAAUACUAUUCUAUGUGGGAGGAUCUGAUACAGCAGUAAUCUAUGUAAAAAACAGAUUUGUGUCAAGAAUAAAUUGAAAUAAGUGGGGGGGUGUUUAUCUCUCUAGUAAAACCAAAUUGUGAUAGAAAUAACUUGAAUAUACUUAAAAAGUCCCAGAGGAAUUAAAGAAUGUUUGGGGUUUUUUUUCUAUACGCAUUUGAGGUGAUGCUCUAGUGUAGCUUGGAGGAAAGACGAGACAGGGGGGAUAUGAUAGAAACAUUUAAAUACAUAAAGGGAAUCAACACAGUAAAGGAGGAGACUAUAUUUAAAAGAAGAAAAACUACCACAACAAGAGGACAUAGUCUUAAAUUAGAGGGACAAAGGUUUAAAAUAAUAUCA